AUGCCCACUAAGAAGCUCAGCGAUAGCAUGCGUCGUCGCUGUGCUGCAGCGUGCGAGAGCUGCAAACGCCGAAAAGAGCGAUGCGACGGCAACUUGCCAUGUCGCCGAUGCGCCAUCCGACAGAUUGCCUCGGACUGCCGCUAUUCAACUCCAAAACGGCGGGUGUCCAUAUCCUCCCGCCAAAGUUCCAGUGUAGAUCCAAGAGACGCCCCGGAGCCACUGACAGACAUGCUGCUGGACUAUUCGAUUGUUACCCAAGACCAGCCACUUCAACAGACCGCGAACCAGCUUGGAGAUUCAUUUUUGGACCUCGGCACCACAUCCCCUGACACUUAUCGACUAGCAGAGAACGACCAACAAGGCUCCGUCUAUUUCGGAGAUGCGGCCAAUGAAUCUUUUCUUCAGCAGAUCCGCCAACUCGUUACUCGGACCCUGGGACCGUGCCCUUUUGUCGAACAGCCAAUACAAUACCAUACCAAUCAUGAUCCCUCCUGCCCACUUGCCGGGUCUGAUUCCCCACCAAAGCCCAGCCCUUCCCAUGCGAAACAACUGGUUAGUUGGAGCAUGCAGGCAACAAGUCAUUUGCUGGGUGCCUUGGACGAAUCAGAAGUUCAAGCGCAGAUAGAGCAGUGGCUUAAACGAGAGGAUGACGCUACAAGCCUCUCCUCCGCAAUUUGCUAUCUGAUCCUCGCAAAUGGUGCGCUUACAUGUCCGGGAGAUGAAGAUGCGACCGCGGAAGCAUACUACUCAUAUGCAAGGUAUCUGACAAAUUCGAAAUCGAGCCAAGGGCCAAAUCUCUCGUCGAUCCUGUGUCACAACUUGAUCGCUUUCUACCAGAUAAACUCAGGAAGACGAGACGCCGCAUAUCACUCCAUCGGGGUCGCAUGCCGACUUGCAUGCGCCAUGGGCAUCCAUAAAGUGAACAAACCGCACCACAUGAGUCACGAUGCUUCUGUUUUCCGUGAACGUCUUUGGAAAGCAUUACGACUUUUUGAUACAUUUGCCAGUGGCUCUCUAGGUCGACCUAUCUGCACAUACGAGACUCGCAACACAAAGGCCGAGAAGGGCUAUUCUUCCGCCAUUGACAUGGCAGCUAUCAUCGAAGCCGUCUUGAGGGAGGUCUACGGGCCUUCCAAGGUUUCAAGGCAUUUCAUCACUACCAUGACUCAGGAGCAUCGCUCAUGGGCAACUCGCAUGGCUUCCGGUCUAAAGACUGAUGGGUUAGAGGGCGCGGAACUAGUUCAAGGAUGUGAAUAUGUACCCACCCUGGCAUCCUCCAACAUGAAGCAGUCAUACUACUGGUCGAUCAUGCUGCUGACCCGGCCUGUUCUCCUUGAUCGAGCGGCCACACAUGCAAUGCGUGGAGGUGUCAGUGAUAACAGCUAUCGAGAUCAACAAGGAGCGACACCACCAUCACAUGCCGACACAGCUCUUGUGUAUGCUUCAGUUGACUCAGCUGUACGCAUCGUACACUUGCUUGAGACUAUCCUUACAAGAGAGGAUUUACCCAAACGGUUACCAUUUCCGGUCCACUCUGCCUUUACUGCUGCUCUGACCCUAGGUGUCGCUACCUUUGCAGAUUUGGACCACGUUUUCCCGCUACGAUCGAAUUUAGUCACUGUGGGCCAGUUGCUACAGAGGUUUGAAAAGCAUGAUAGUAUUGCCAGGUACUACUGUCAGGUUGUGCAGCAGCUCCAAUCUGUAUGUGAAGAGUAUGUGGAGCAACGGAAUAACCGUAUCGUUGAGAAGCAGAGCCAUUUGGUCGGUGAGCUAUUUGGACGUCUUCAGGAAAAGGCACCAUUGCCAAAAUACAAGAACCGGAGGAUGGACGGUGGAUGGACUGAUGAAUCAGUUACCGCCCAGGGGCUGCAUAGCCCUUUAACCUCUCUAUCAACCAUCUGUUUGACGGAGGAUUCGGCCCUAGAGGGUGACCCUGUUAGUGUUGGUGGAAGUUUUCCCGACCUGUCUUUGGAGUUAUUUCAAGAGUCCUCGUUGGUCGACAUAUCCCAUAUCGAAGAUACUUCAGAUAUAGGUAGUCUAACUUUCUCUAGCCUGAGCUGGUUCUAA